AAAGAUACAUGAAAGUGGUAUGUUGAUUGGCAGUUUUAUUGUUUAAAAUAUAUACAUUUCUGGAGUUGGCAAUAUGUUUGCCAAGGUUGGCAAUGACUGACAGGUGUGCGUAUGUGCCGAACAUACAAAAGAUGACGUUUUCAUAACCUCUAGUCCCCCAGCCCUGCUUUGUGCAGUUUAAUCUUGUUCAAGUUUCUUGUAAUGAGUUUAUGACCAUGUUGCGAAAUAGAAAGCGCGUUACCUUGAAAACUGUAAAAGAAUUAGAUGCAUUCCCCAAGGUACCAGAAACAUUUCAAGAACCCACACCCAUUGGAGGCACAUUGUCUUUGGUUACAAUGAUCUUAAUGGCAGCCCUAGUGAUCUCUGAGAUUAAGUAUUUUUUAAGCAACCGGGUUGUUUUCAAAUUUUCACCUGAUACUGAUUUUGAUGCAAAACUAAAAAUAAAUGUCGAUCUGACAGUUGCAAUGCCUUGUGCAGUUGUUGGGGCAGAUAUUUUGGAUUCUACUAGCCAGAAUGUCUUGCAAUUUGGUAGUUUGGAACAAGAGGAUACAUGGUUUGAACUAGACUAUCAUCAGAGGACUCAUUUUGAUGGAAUGCGUUAUGCCAACUCGUAUCUUCGUGAAGAAUUUCAUGCAAUUCAAGAUCUUUUGUGGAAUUCUCAACAAACAACAUUAUUUGGGGACAUGAUGAAGAGGUCAUCUAACCCUCCAUAUGAUCCAGAUGCAUGUCGAAUAUUUGGCUCACUGGUGCUUAAUAAAGUAGCUGGAAACUUCCACAUUACUGCUGGACGUUCUUUAGCAUUGCCGCGUGGACAUGUACACAUUUCAACAUUCAUGUCCGAUUCUGAUUUCAACUUUACUCAUCGCAUUCAUCGAUUUUCAUUUGGUGACCCCAGUCCUGGCAUUGUUCAUCCUUUGGAAGGGGAUGAGAAGAUUGCUACUCAAAAUAUGAUGUUAUUCCAGUAUUUUAUUGAUGUAGUUCCAACUGAAGUGGAAACAUUCCUGACACAAGUUAAUACCUAUCAGUAUUCAGUGAAAGACCAUGAACGGCCUAUAGAUCACAAUAAAGGCUCACACGGCAUCCCAGGAAUAUUUUUUAAAUAUGAUGUCAGUGCGCUGAAAGUGCGUGUAAGCCAGCAACGUGACUCCUUUGGCCAAUUUCUUGUGCGUCUCUGUGCAUCUGUAGGUGGCUUAUACGUCACAUCAGGGCUGAUAAAUAGUCUCAUUCAAGUGAUUAUCGAUCUGUUGACUUGUCGCAGCUUUUGGAAAACAAAUGAGAAGGCUAAUAAUGCAUCAGCUGCAACCCCAGUUAUUGUUACAUCAGUAAUUGAUCCUCUUUUGACAAAGAUGGACUCCAGUUUACCUUCUGUUUCUCUUUUACCUCCUGACAUCAUCUCUGACAUAAAUCCUAAACAGCCCCUCAACUGAUAUGUGUUCUGUGAGCAUUUACUGUUUUGCAACAUGAGCCACUGCUGUAUUUUGAACCUAGACGAUGUAAUUGGAUAUAUUCAUUUUAACAUUCAAUUAAUUGAAUACAAAAUAAUAAAUUGCUUCUUUUUAGUAGUAUAUAAAAACUACAAAAUUUUUUUUUGUUAUAUCAACAUCAUGAAAUUAAUAUCAGUCUUAAAUGUGUUAUUGUAAAAAUUACACCAUUAGGUGUGUGGAGCAAAAGUUAGGUUGAGUUCUGAGAAGAAUGUAGCUUUUUAAUUACUCAUUUUCCUGAAUUGGUUAUCCACUUUACUAUGUCUUUUUGGUGCUAUAUCCUGUUUGACACUCCUUGUCUUGGUCAUUUCUUGUUUUUUGUUAAAUAACAAAAUGGAACAUAACAUCUUAGUCAAAUAAUUCUAUUUUAUACUUUUAUGAGGAUUUCCAAGAAUAGUCAUAAUGAAAUCUCUUUAGGCAAGUGAUGAAUGGCUGUGAAUUCUGAAAUUGUUACAAGUAUUUUUUUGUCAUCCUUGAGUAUUAUUUUGCAUAAUCUCUGAUCCUGCCAUUCAAGGCAAAUUUGAGUUUUUUGUUUCACUUCCUAUAUCACGGCCUAAUUAUUAAGCUUUACAUCCAAAUUCAAAAAAACUUAUCCCCAGCUUUAUAUCUGACUGGUUAGAGUAAAAAUAAUAUUUAGAAUGAUUUAUCAAGAAAAAUUAUUGUGGUUUGCUAUUUCCUGCCACAUUGUGCAUUUGAGAAAACAAUAAUGACUUUGACUGAAUUUUAAAGAGUAAACUAUUGGCACUGCUUUUGUGUUGCUAACAGUCUCCUGACCUGUUUUGUCAUCCUUGUUUAGACUCGUGUCAAAAUAAAUAUUUUGAAUUAUUCCUGUGAAGUCAAUAUAUGCAGUGGUUCAUCUUGUAUCUUCUUUCCUGUUUGUUGUCUAACUGGUUUUAGAAAUAAGGAAAAUAUCCUAUGAAAGUUCAGAUAGUUUUUAAAUUUAUUGAAGAUAUGUAAAUAUACACAGGUUUCCCUGAAUGGGCAACUAUUUGAUACAAAAAGAUAUUUAUUUUCAAUCGAUUUUAUACAGUAUUUUGUACCAUCAAGAAAGUAACACAGUAUCUUUCUGGAGAAAGGCCUUAUUAUAUCCUAUGUUUUGUGAAAGUUACCUGUUCAAAAUUACUUUUUCAUUACUAUUUUAAUUUUAAAAUUUUUUGAAAAAUACUAAUUAUUUAUAUUUUUUCCAAGAGUUUUAGACAUUGUUUAAUUCAGUACUUUCCAUUAUGAUUUUGUUUUCAGAAAUUAAACCAUGUUGUGGUGUCUGUGUUAAGUGUUUUGAGUGUAAUGAUGCAAUAUGUAUGUUCCAAAAAUAAUUGUAGCCUAGGCACAUUUUUUGCCCCAUUGGAAUUACAGGAGGUGCACAAACCCAAGUCUGUCUAAUGAGAUAGGCUGUAAAACUGUUUUGAGAUAUAAUAUAUAAGGUAGUAUAGUUGAGAUUGAUGUGUUAUUUUAUUCGAUAUAAGAUACAUGUAAUUUAGUGAACUUUUACUUUUUUACAUUUAUCUACAAAAAUCGUUAUCUUUUUCUCACUGGUUUACUCUUAUUAUUUGUAUUUUCCAUUUCUAAUGUCGCUGUAUUUGUAGUGAACUGUAAGUUCAAUUGUUCCUGUUUUAGAUAAUGAAAUGUUGCAAUAAUUUUUAAUUUGUUAAGAACAAUUUACUUGUGCACUUUCACAGUGGGUGUUCAAGUCUUUUGCAUUUAUUUGUUGUGCUUAAUUUUAAGUGCUCAUAAUACUCCCUAUUCACAAAUACUUCCAAUUUCAAGAUUUCCAAUUGAGAUUUAAAACACAAAUUGGUUUCCUGAUUUAAAUCAAGAGCUUCUGAAUGAUUGAUUGAUUCUUAAAAUGCAAUAAAAGAAUAAGAGGAAUUUAGAUGAUAUAUUUAUUAGAUUUAUAAUAAUUUUCCAUUCACAAAAUUUUUUGUGUUAUUUAUUAGAGAAUUUUAUUAGCAGUUGAAGAGGAGAUGUUUGUUUUAUCCUAUCCUAAUCCUAUGUAAGUAAUUCAUGCUAAUUUAGGUAAAAAUUAUUAUCUAUAUUUUUAGGAGAUCUUUUAUUAUUUAAAUCAGUCGUGAUUACCUCAAAUUAAUUUCAAGACGUAAUGAAAAGAACCAAAUAUAAAAUUAGAAGUAUGAAAACUCUAGUGGUGGUUGACCAGCAUCUUUCUCACAUGACAUUUUCUUUUUAUAAUGUGACUAUUUAUGCAUAGUUCUCACAUUUCAAUAGGAAUCGCCAACUUCCACAGUGAAUCUGACAACACCCAACACUUGCAAAUAAUUAUAAUGUUAAGGAAAAAUAUGAAUAGGAUCGUAUCCAGUUUUCUUGGUGUUUAAGUUGAUUGUGUUGGUUGAUUUUCUUAAAAAAGUAAUAAUUAAAAACUUCUUUUUUGUCCAAGUGUUUUAAUGUUUUUUCUAAGGAACCACAGGGAGGAGACUGGUUGGAGGACAUUUUUCACAAUUUGAUGUGAAGCUAUAAGUUAAUCAAAAGUAUUGUGAAAAGACUUAAAACUCAGUGGAAUAGGGUUUUUCAUUCUGUGUCAUAUUUAGGGGUGUUUCUUUAGGAAAACAAGAGUGAUCUGAAUUUCAAUUUGUGUUUGAUUGUUGAAAGCCAUUAAUGUUUCUCCAAGUAACUACUUGCAUUUCAUUGAAAGGCCUUUCAAAAAACACACGUCAUAUUUAAAUCCUUUACCAAAGCAGUAGUUCUAGUAUUUGUGAAUAGCUAGAGUAUUAAAAAUCAGUCUGAGAACUGUUUAUUGUAUUUAUUUUGUUCACUGUCAAGUCUUUCCAGAGUGUAAGAAUGCAGGUGUUCAGCUUGUGAUACUGAUCUCGAGGGCUUUGCAAUUUUGUGGUGUUUUUGGUUUUGAGAAAUACACUACUUGAGGCAUGAUA